GGCGGUGCUAGUGGCGGGAGGAGUAAAGAUGGCGGUGCGGGGGUCUCCGCCUUCUGCUCCCGGCUGAAGCGCUCUGAGGGAAGCGGCAGCGGCAACUGGGGCAGCAAUAGCAAUCCAGUGGUGGUAGUUUCAGCAGCGGCUGCUGAGGCCGGAGCAAUGGCAGAAUUGGAGCACCUAGGCGGGAAGCGGGCGGAGUCGGCGCGAAUGCGGCGGGCUGAGCAGCUUCGGCGCUGGCGGGGCUCGUUGACAGAGCAGGAACCCGCGGAGCGACGAGGCACCGGGCGGCAGGCGCAGACUCGUCGCGGGAGCCCAAGAGUCCGCUUCGAGGACGGUGCUGUCUUCCUGGCCGCUUGCUCUAGCGGGGACACCGACGAGGUGAAAAAGCUUCUGGCAAGAGGUGCAGACAUCAACACGGUCAACGUGGACGGUUUGACAGCCCUGCACCAGGCCUGUAUUGAUGAAAAUUUGGACAUGGUGAAGUUUCUGGUGGAGAACAGAGCCAAUGUAAACCAGCAGGACAACGAGGGCUGGACACCCCUUCAUGCAGCAGCUUCCUGUGGCUAUCUCAACAUAGCAGAGUAUUUCAUUAACCAUGGAGCCAGUGUGGGUAUUGUGAAUAGUGAAGGUGAAGUCCCCUCUGACCUUGCAGAAGAGCCUGCCAUGAAGGAUCUUCUUCUGGAACAAGUGAAGAAGCAAGGAGUUGAUCUAGAGCAGUCAAGAAAAGAAGAAGAACAACAGAUGUUACAGGAUGCCCGCCAGUGGCUCAACAGUGGGAAAAUAGAAGAUGUAAGGCAGCCUCGUUCAGGGGCCACAGCCCUCCAUGUGGCGGCUGCCAAGGGCUACUCUGAGGUCCUCAGACUUUUAAUCCAGGCUGGCUAUGAACUCAAUGUUCAGGAUUAUGAUGGCUGGACUCCCCUCCAUGCUGCUGCGCACUGGGGUGUGAAGGAGGCUUGCUCCAUCCUGGCGGAAGCACUCUGUGAUAUGGAUAUCAGGAACAAACUGGGCCAAACACCAUUUGAUGUGGCUGAUGAGGGUCUUGUGGAGCACUUGGAGAUGCUCCAGAAGAAGCAGAAUGUGCUUCGAAGUGAAAAAGAGACACGGAAUAAGCUCAUUGAGUCAGACCUGAACAGCAAGUUGCAGAGUGGACUCUUUAAGAACAAAGAGAAGAUGCUCUAUGAAGAAGAGAUACCCAAGUCCCAAGAAAUGGAGGAAGAAAGCAAAGAGUCCAGCAGCUCCAGCUCAGAGGAGGAGGAAGGUGAAGAUGAAGCUUCUGAGUCAGAAACCGAGAAGGAGGCAGAUAAAAAACCAGAAACCAUUGACAACCAUUCCAACUCUGAAAGCAAGAGUAUUAUUACGGAACAGAUACCAGCACCAGCUCAGAAUACCUUCUCUGCCUCUUCAGCCAGGAGAUUCUCCUCCAGCCUUUUUAACAAGCCGGAAGAGCCCAAAGAUGAAUCUCCUUCUUCGUGGAGACUGGGACUCAGAAAAACUGGCAGCCACAACAUGCUGAGUGAGGUGGCCAAUUCCAGGGAAGCUCUAAGGGACCGAGGCUCUUCUGUCUACCGGUCAUCAUCAAGUCCUCGGAUUUCUGCUCUGCUGGACAACAAAGAUAAGGAGAGAGAAAACAAGAGCUAUUUUAGUUCACUAGCACCCCGGAGGCUCAGCAACACAAGUGACGUCGAAGAAAAGGAGAACAGAGAAUCAGCUGUCAAUCUAGUGAGGAGUGGGUCCUAUACUCGGCAGCUGUGGAGAGAUGAAGCGAAGGGAAAGGAAACUCCGCAGACAGCUGUUCCAUCCACCUAUGUAUCAACCUACUUGAAAAGUGCUUCAUUUGGUAGAAGUAGUGACCCCACAAGUCCCUACAUUUCAGCCAAUCGCAAUUCAUCUCCUGCUACCUCACCCAUUACCAUUGGUUCAUCUACCUCUCGGGGCAGCAAGUGGCAACCUGCCUCUUCUUGCCCUGCACCAAUCAGUGCAAACACUACUGCAUCUGUACACCAUGGCAGGACUCCUUACAAAUCACAGGCUGACUCAACAGCAGAGAAAACAGCAGACAAUGUCUCUUCCAGCACCCCGCUCUGUGUGAUCACUAAUCGCCCUCCACCUAACACUGCCAAUGGGGUUACAACUGCCACUCUGCUCUCCACUCCUGGAACAGACUCCUCUGUGGAAGCCAGGGAGAAGAGGAGGUCAUAUCUGACUCCUGUACGGGAUGAGGAAGCAGAAUCUUUACGGAAAGCACGCUCCAGACAAGCUCGGCAGACUCGAAGGUCUACUCAAGGCGUGACACUCACGGACCUUCAAGAAGCAGAAAGGACAUUCAGCCGGUCGAGGGCAGAACGGCAAGCUCAGGAGCAGCCUAGCCAGAAGCCUGCGGGCACUGAAGGGCUUGAGGGAAGCACAGAGAAGCAUGAGCCCUCAGCAGUCCCGGCAAAGGAAGCUGGCGAGAGCCGUCAACCCUGGGGCGGGAGUCUGGAUGAGGAGCCUGUCUAUCGUCGCCUGAGGUAUUCAGCUCAGCCAGACAAACCCACAACACCAGUGUCUCCUUCUGCAUCAAGACCCACUCUCUACACCAGUUCCCAUUUGCUACGGACAAGCAGAUCUUCAGUCCCUGACUCUGAGAGUUCAGAGACCACCACAAACACUGCAGUUGCAAAAGAAAUGGACAAAAAUGAGAGUGAAGAUGCAGAUGUGGAUGAUCAGUCCUCUAAUAGACUGUCCAUCCGUGAGAGGAGGAGGCCCAAGGAACGACGAAGAGGCACAGGCAUCAAUUUCUGGACAAAGGAUGAAGAUGAAACUGACGUGUCUGAAGAAGUAAAAGCAGCACUGCAUGAAAGACUUUCUAGGUUGGAAUCAGGAGGUAGCAACCCUACCAGCAGCGAUUCUUAUGGUGACCGUGACCGGGCUUCAGCAAGAGCCCGACGGGAGGCACGGGAGGCCCGCCUCGCCAGCUUGAGCAGCCGCGCGGAAGAGGACACCAACAGGGAUUAUAAAAAACUCUACGAGAGUGCCCUAACCGAAAACCAAAAACUGAAAACAAAACUUCAAGAGGCCCAGCUAGAGCUAGCAGAUAUAAAGUCCAAGCUUGAGAAGAUGGCCCAGCAGAAACAAGAAAAGACCUCUGACCGAUCGUCGAUGCUGGAGAUGGAGAAACGGGAGAGGAGAGCCUUGGAGCGGAAAAUGUCCGAGAUGGAGGAGGAGAUGAAGGUGUUAACAGAACUGAAAUCCGACAACCAGAGGCUGAAAGAUGAAAAUGGUGCCCUCAUCAGAGUCAUCAGCAAACUGUCCAAAUAGACUAGGCUCCAGAUUUAGGAGGGAUAGGACGGCAUUUGCUGCCCCCAUGCCUCUUUUCCAGCCAUUGUCUUCCAACCAAAAGAAGUGAAUGUUUUGGUGGAAGGACCACUUCUUUCUGCCCCUCUUCCAGUCACCUUCUCUGCACUGUACAUUUCCUCUGCACUCUCAGUGCCCUGUUCCUCCUAUACCCCCACCCCCUGAGUUUUAUGACAGUUUUAAUUGAAGCAUGAUUGUGAUAAUUGGAGCCAUUCGAGCCAUCUGGAGAAGGCCUUGGGGAGUACACCAGGCUCAGCUGUGGACCCCAACUUCCUGCUGCUCAGCUACUUGUCCACAUUGGAUUUGGUCCAAACAUGUAAGGCCUCUACCCAAACCAGUACCCCACAGCCUUUCACGUCUUCCAGUGUCCUCUGAUAUAGGUGAGUCUUAUGGUGGCCACUCCAGGAUCCUGUCUGGGAUGCCAAGAGAAACAGGAUGUUGGCAAAAUUAUCCGACAGCUUCUGGAGCUGUGUUUCCAUUAGAUUCAAGGUGACAGUGACUCUGCAUUGAAGGUCUCUGCUAGUCUUCACCUCAGGAACUGACUUUUCUCUAACUCCUUGCUGGUGUUACUGUUACUUUUUCUAUCAACAACCCAGUAACAUCCCUGACUAGUCUUAACUCCUACUCCUCCCUCAUGCCUCGUCCCCUUCCCCAGGGCUCAGAUGACCCUGGCUUCAUUUAUUCCUUUCCUUCCUAUCCUUUUAUUUUUCUUUCUGUCUCCCCUCCACCACCUCACCACAUGGUGUAAAAGCUAGAACGGAGCAUCUGACCUCCCUUGCCUUUGGCCAUUACGGAAGGUCAUUUCUCCUGGGGCACUCUGGAGACCAGAAGAAUUGCCUUGGUGGCAGCACCACCGGCCUUCUCACUGAAAAGCCAGACCAUGGCAUAAACGUCAGCCCACUGUUCUCAUCUCCUACGUGUUUUCCCUACACAGUGAGUUUCUUUAGUAGAAAAUCUGGGCUCUGAACAUCCCAUUCCGCCUCACCUCCUUUUGACCUUGUUUUCCUCUCUUCACUCUGGCACCUGCUCCUAAUGAAAAAGGAAGUCCUCGCAAGGAGGCAUGGGAGCUGAGGAGGGUAGAUUGAUGGGAGGUAGACUAGGGAGUGAAAGCAGGUUGGAAAGACAUAUAUGGUGUAAAGUAGAGUAGCUGGGGACACUUGCAACCUCGUGACAAAGAAGGUACAAGAUGGCAGCCCAUCGUGCUGUGAUAAUGGUGGUGAAUGCGACUGUUUCUGGGGGCUAGAUUUAGGGGAGAGACCUUUGUUUCCUUAGAAGCCAGCAGGAACAAUGACUUCUUAACAGAGGUUGAAAGUGAUGAGAUCCUUCCAACCCAUUCAUGAGAGUCAUGGAAUCUUUGGCAAAGCCCAGAGAUCGUAUGAUGGAGCUUUUGGUUGUUGUGUCACAGGGACCCCCCCCCCCCCGCACACACACACACACACAUACCACGGUCAGGUGUUCCCUGGUGGCUGUGCACUUAAUCCUUGGAAGUUGGGCAACUCUGAUAACCAGAAAGUUUUUCCUAACAUGAGUUAAGGUCUGCCUGUGGAUUCUCCACGUUGUACAGUACUGCCCUUUGAUGUGACAACCCUUCAGAUAUGUGGAGGCGGGGAUCUCCCCUUAACCUUACUUCCAGCUGAUGUUUCCCCAGUCCUUUGGGGCACUCCCCACAUGGCAUACUUUUCCUGUCUGUCACAUCUCGUCUGUCGUCUCUUGGAAAAAAACAGCCUUUUAAAAUAUGCCCAGACCUGGACAGAUACUCCAUUAGCACAAAAUUAAACCAUUGGUCCUUGGUGAUGACCCAAUAUUAAUACUCAACGUAUUUGCUCUUUAUUGGUAUUCUCCCUUGGUUCGUUUAUUUUGAGUGUGCAAGUCAUUUAAAUUCUCCUCAUUUUAGAGCUGCCCGUGAUAUUCAGCGCUUUGAGUGAUCCAUUCUCUUAACAUAUACUACCUCUGUCCAUUUUUUAUUUCUUUCCAGAAAAUGACAAUAUAGUUCUCCAUGGCUCUUUGAAACAUUACAUGCUCUUUAAACCAGAGGCUAUAAUUCAAGAUCCUAAUUCCAAAAUAGGAAAUAUGUCUCCCCUGGCAAAACCCCAUUUUUAGAGUAUACAGAAGUCUCUCUUCCAUUUCCAACUAUUUUCCAAGAGAAGCUGCUACUGAUUAGGAUUUUGUAUGAUCAUGGGAGCGCUGUGCACUCAGUUCUCAGGGAAUGCUAAAUUAGAGUAAAAUGUUUCCUCGCUUCCACUAUAAACAUCUCCUUCAUUCUAGGGAGAGGGGAAAUCAACACAAGGUGUUGAGUAAUUGGUUCUCCUGGCACAUCCUGGACGUUGGGCAAGGGAUGGGGGUGGUUGCUGCCUCCUUCUCAGAAAAAGAAUUAUUAGGAAAACAUUUUGACCCUCUUCCGUUAGAUAGACAGGGUAAAGGGGGUUACAGAGAGUUCCCUCAGAUCUGUUUGUGUCUUUCAAAAGCGUGGGACAGAAUCUAAAAACUCUUAGGGUGGUGUUAUGCCCCUGCUGCUUCACACAGCCCUUUCACAUUAAAGAUGCCUUUUCUUGCCAGAAAAGUUUUCCUUGUGAUGAAAAAUUAACAAGCUUCUCAAUCUCAGGAAUAUUGAAUUCUAUGGCCAAGAGCUCAUGAAAGUGUAAACCACGCUAGGUAAUUUCAGGCACUCUCUCUUAUGCAAUUAAUUUUAUUAGACAGAUAGACUCUGAAUUCUGGUCCCUUUCCAGAAAAUAAAACACCCUUUCUUCACAGUUGGAUUGACUGGAAGCCCCAGGAGUGAUGGUUAGAGACCUGAUGACCAGCUGUGCACCCUGGGUGCCAGCCACAGCAGGCCUCCCUUCUCUUGUGCUGUUGGUCCCUCUGGUGGCCACAGAACUUCUGUCCUCAACCUGCUGGUUUGGAUGCCCGUGAGCACCCCAGGUAGCUCAAAGCUGCAUGAACACUGCCGGUCUGGCCAACAAUUUGGGGCCCGGCUGUGUCACUUUAGUCUUUACAUGAAAUAUCAGAAUGACGAAGAGAAGGUUCUCAGUACAGCUUUAUAUCCUCUGUUCUCAUUAAUUUGAUAUUUUUCAAAACCAAGCCACACCUUUGGGAGUAAUGGUUUGGCCAUUCCAGAGAUUCUCUGGCUGAAGUUUCACUGCGUUGCCUAUUUGUCUUUCAAGGGCUGCUUAUUCUUUUCCAGAUAGCUCUUGGGCAUGAUGGCCUCUGACCCCAGUCCCGGUCUCUAGUGCAACAGGGUUAUGCAAAUCUUGGGGUGUUGCCUUGAAAGAAUCUAAAGAAUAGACCUGCCCUGGGCUUAUUCAGUGCACUGAAUUCUCUUUUGGGCAGUCUCACUUGAAAUUUCCUGGAACCUCCCUGCCGUGUCCUAUCCAACAGCAGGAUGUGUUCUC